AGGAGAAGGAAGAGAGAGAAGGCAGAGAGAGAGCCGGGCAGAGACAGGCUGCUGGCGGGGGACAGACCGCUCGCACUCAGCACUUUGUAGCAUAGAGACAGACAGCAGCCCCUGGUGCACUAACAAAGACACAGCUCCAUCUCCUGCUCUCCCUGACCCAGUACCUCCACUCCUGGACCGGUCCCUGGCUGCCCCCUUCCCCCCAGCGGGAUGUUUUCCCGAAGAAGUCAUGGAGACCUCAAGAAAUCUACACAGAAAGUUCUGGACCCAAAGAAGGACGUUCCGACCCGCUUAAAGCACCUGCGGGCGGUGCUGGAUAUUCAGGAGUGGAGUGAACUUAAGCAAUUUUUCGAAGCGCACUAUUCUCAGAUUUAUUUUAUCUUCUAUGAAAAUUUCAUUACACUGGAAAGUAGCUUAAAGCUAAAAGGGAAUAAAUCACAAAGGGAGGAGCUGGACUCCAUCCUCUUUCUUUUUGAAAAAAUUCUACAACUACUACCUGAAAGGAUUUUCUUCCGCUGGCAGUACCACAGUAUAGGAUCUGUUUUAAAGAAGCUUUUACACACUGGAAAUACUAUAAAGAUACGAUGUGAAGGAAUUCGUCUUUUCCUACUCUGGCUUCAAGCUUUGCAGACAAAUUGUGGGGAGGAGCAGGCACUAAUGUUCGCAUGUCUUGUCCCAGGAUUUCCUGCCGUGAUUUCAUCUCGAGGGCCCUACACAAUAGACACCCUUAUAAAUCCUACCUACAACUUACCUGAUGGAAAAAUCUAUCCUGAAGAAAUUACUCCACUUUUACCAGCUGUGUCUGGUGAAAAGCUACCCGAUGAUCAGAGCUGCUUUUUCUUGCAAAUGUUAUUAAGAUAUAUGGUACAGCAGGCUGCAAGUAUAUCAUGGAGAAAUGUGGAAAACCAAGACACAGGCUUCAAGUUUCUUUUUAACUUAUUUCGAAAGUAUUAUCUUCAUCAUUUGUUUCCAUCGUUCACAAAGUUAACCAACCUUUAUAAACCUGUACUGGAGAUUCCGGAUGUCAGACCAAAGCCAGUAUAUGUUACUUUAUCCCGGAACAGUGAAAACCUUUAUAGCACAAAAAUUCCAUACAUGGCAGCUAGAGUUUUGUUCAUAAAAUGGCUGGUUACGUUCUUUCUGGAAAAGAAAUAUGUGCCAUCUUCUCAAAGUACUAAAAACGGAGAUGUUUUGCCCAAAAUCAUUCAGACUGUGUCUGUAACAAACAUCAACCAGGAGAAAACACCGGAGCUGGAGACCAGUGGUCAACCGGAGCAAGAGAAGAAUCACUCUAACAGCAGCACCCUGUCCGACAGGAGAUUGAGUAAUGCCAGUCUUUGCAGUAUUGAGGAGGAGCACAAAUCCCAAUAUGAAAUGGUGCAGAGAAUCCUAUUGUCCACGCGUGGCUAUGUCAAUUUCAUCAAUGAGGUCUUCAGACAGGCAUUUCUUUUGCCAGCCUGUGACAUUGCUGCAACCAGAAAGGUUGUAAAGGUGUACAGAAAAUGGAUCUUGCAGGACAAGCCAAUUUUUAUGGAGGAACCUUCAAAGCCAAGAGAAGACCAAGAGAAGGUCCAGAUUUUAGAGUCUGCUGUAGAAGUGGAUAGUAAACCGGUCAACGCUGAACAAAGUGGUCACAAACGUUCCUCCAGUUGGGGAAGAACCUACUCGUUUACCAGUGCUGUUAGCAGAGGAUGCGUUUGUGAAGAUGAAAACAUGGAUGUAAAAGCUGGUGAUCAGGCUGCAUUACAGGUGUUUUUGACAAACUCUGCUAAUGUUUUCCUGCUGGAGCCUUGUGCAGAUGUCCCUUUGCUUUUGGAAGAACAGGUUGAGGCCUGCAAAUCUGUUUUAGCUAUUUAUAGGCGUAUGAUAAUGGACCUUGUGAUGGAUAAGAAGACAUGGGAACAAAUGCUGCAGAUAUUGCUGCGAAUCACAGAAGCUGUUGUGCAGAAACCCAGAGAUAACCUAAAGAAGGAUUUGUUCUCGCAGAAUUUAGCUGGUGUAUUAUUUCGGACACUAAUUGUAGCGUGGAUUCGAGCCAAUCUGAGUGUUUACAUAUCCCGUGAAUUGUGGGAUGAAUUGCUAAGCGUCUUAUCCUCUCUCACUGACUGGGAAGAACUUAUAAAUGAAUGGUCCAUGAUCAUGGACUCCCUGACUGCGGUGCUAGCCAGGAAUGUUUAUGGUCUGGACAUGAACAGUUUACCUCUAGACAAGCUCAGUGAGCAGAAGGAGAAGAAACAGAGAGGGAAAGGUGGCUUUCCUGAUACUCAGAAAGGUGCUGCUGUGGGCAGGUCAUUUUCUCUCAGCUGGAAAAACAAUCCUGAUGCUCAUGAACCUAUGCGAUUUCGGAGUGCCACUACCUCUGGAGCCCCAGGUGUAGAAAAAGCGAGGAACAAUGUGCGUCAAAAAGCAACCGCUAAGCGAAGUCAGUCUAUCAGCAACUGUGUGCAUCUUUAUGAGGCAUUGCCAGCAGCUAAAAGUGUUCCGCAUCUCCUUCACACUGUGAGCUCUCUCUUGCCUGGUAUCUCUUACACUUCUUGCUCUCAAAGACUUUCAGAAGUUGAUGAGAUGCAGCCUCAGGAUGGAGUGGCAGGAUCUGAAUCAAGUGGUGGGCCUGUUGACCAAGAACCCCAGCUGCUAACCCGAAGUAACAGUACAUCGGAUGUAACAGAGCAGCAGUGUACUGAUGCAGUGCAAGGUCAGAAAGCCGGGGACUGCAACCAUGAAGGUUCUCCAGAAUUUAAAACAAACCAAGAGCAGACAGAAAGCUUAAGAAGAGAAAACGAGGGUCCCGUGAUAUUGAUCCGAAGGAGUAGCAGUCCUGCAGAAUUAGAGUGGCACACAGAUUGUCAACCGUCAAACGGGAGAAGCACAGAUCAUGAGAAAGUUGAAAGUGUCAGCAGUGACAUGGCCAAUGGCUACAUGCAGGAUUCUGAUAUAUAUCUGACGCCGUGGCAGAACUGUGAGGAGGAUCAAGAACUAACUACUACAACAGAUGUGGCCAUUGAUCAAGAUUCGAGACAAUGGCUACAGCUUAGUCCGUCUGAUGCAGCGCCUCUCACAGACAGCAGUGAGUGCCUUGCAGGGAAUGGAAGCAUAAUUGCUGGCGGCAACCUAAUCGGUUGGCAUCCGGAUUCCGCAGCUGUUUUAUGGAGGAGAAUAUUGGGAAUUCUUGGAGAUGUGAAUAACAUUCAGUCCACCAAAAUCCAUGCCAAGGUUUUUGGCUAUCUCUGUGAACUGUGGUACAAAUUAGCAAAGAUCAGAGAUAACCUGUCCAUCAGUCUGGAUAACCAGUCUUCCCCAGCGCCUCCAGUUCUGAUACCACCACUCAGGAUGUUUGCCUCAUGGCUGUUUAAGGCCACAACUCUGCCAAGUGAAUACAAAGAGGGCAAACUACAAGCAUACAAGUUAAUUUGUGGAAUGAUGACCAGGCGGCAAGAUGUCCUUCCAAAUUCAGAUGUGCUGGUCCACUUUUACCAUGUUAUGCACAAUGGCUUAAAUCACGAAGAUCAAGAUAUUUUGAAUACGAUCGUAAGGCAUUGCUCAUCAAGCUUCUUCUUUCUUGGUUUACCUGGCUUCACAAUACUCAUCAGGGACUUUAUCACAGCUGCAGCCAGAGUCCUGAGUACAGACAUGUUGGAGGCUCCACGGUUGGAAGCACAGAUACUUCUUGGAUCUCUUGUUUGCUUCCCAAACAUUUAUAAGGACCCACCUGUGCUCGAUCUGUCCACAGGAGCAAGUGAGCUCUCCACAGAACACCAAGACAUCAAGACUGUUUUAGUUGAUGUCCUGUUGAAGAAUGCCAGGGAUGAGCCAAGUGAAGGAGCCAGGUGUAUUGCAAUCUGCUGUCUCGGAGUGUGGAUAUGUGAAGAACUUGUAGAAAACACAAAUCACCCUCAGAUUAAAGAUGCCAUUAAUGUAAUUGGAGUAACAUUAAAGUUUUCCAACAAAACAGUGGCUCAUGUGGCGUGUGAUGUCCUUCAUCUUUUGGUUUCCUAUUGGAGAGAGCUUCAAAAUACAGAUUCACCAUUGUCUAGGAAGAUCACAGAAAUUCUGGUGGCCACCAUUUCGUUCCUUUUGCCUAGUGCAGAAAAUUCCUCAGUGGAGGCUGACAAAAAGUUCAUAGUUUCUCUGUUACUGUGCUUGCUGGACUGGUGCAUGGCUCUCCCUCUGACAAUCUUAUUGGAGCCGAUAUCGACUUCUGCCCUUGAUGAGCCUCAUUUACCAAAACCUUCCCUCCUUGACUACAUAUACAGGGUUCUGCACUGCUGUGUGUGUGGCUCAAAUACAUACACCCAGCAGAGUCAGUAUAUACUCAGCUUAGCAGACCUGUGCUCGAUGGACUAUGAGCCAUUUCUUCCCCUGGGAAUUGUGAAGAAUUCUGAGCAACAACCAAUCUUUUGUUCUGCUGAUUUCGGCAAUCUUCUUACAGUAGCAGAAGAGAAGAAGAGAAGGAACUUGGAGCUCAUACCUUUAACUGCUCGGAUGGUUAUGACACAGCUCGUCAACCAUUUGGGCCAUUAUCCUCUGAGCGGAGGUCCAGCAGUCUUGCACAGUUUACUUAAUGAGAACCAAGAUAACCCUUAUGUGGAAGCAUCUGAGCUUUCAAACGAUGUCUUCAGAAGUCCUAACUUGCAGUUGUUUGUCUUCAAUGACAGUGCACUGAUAUCAUACCUGCAAAUACCUGCAGAAAACACCAUUGGCAGGGACCCAUCAGGGGUCCCAGGAGAUGUCAGGAUAAUUGUUAGAGAUGUCUCAGGGAAGUAUUCUUGGGAUGGUGAGCUUAUUUAUGGACCACUAGAAUGCCUGCCACUAUCCAAGAAUCAAACAAAAGUCCAAGCUGAAUGCCAAGUUUUUGAAGAACCAAGUCUGCCACAAACUGUUUUGGUUGAUGAAGAAGGAGAAUUUGAUGCUCUAGAUACACUGCUGGAAAAGCUUGGUAACACGAGCCCAGAGUGCCUACAACAUGCAGAACUAAAACUUAACGAGCCUGCGUUGCCACCAUUUGGAAUGAGCCGUGAGCAAGAAGAGCAAAUAAUUGGCUCAAUUACGAGACAAAGUGCCAAUGAGGCCGAUCACUUGCAACGUUGUAGUUGUGAUCUUAGUGUAAAGGUUGCGUGUCAGGAGGAACCUAGCACCACUGAGCCUAAAGCAGCAUUUUAUUUCUGUAGGCUUUUGCUGAAUGACUUGGGGAUGAACUCUUGGGAGAGAAGGAAAAAUUUUCAUUUGCUGAAAAAAAAUUCCAAGUUGCUUCGUGAACUCAAGAACCUGGAUUCAAGGCAGUGCCGUGAAACCCACAAGAUAGCAGUGUUUUACAUUGCAGAAGGCCAGGAAGAUAAAUGUUCAAUACUCUCGAACAGUGGUGGAAGCAAAGCCUAUGAAGAUUUUGUAGCAGGCCUUGGAUGGGAGGUUGAUCUUUCUACUCACUGUGGGUUUAUGGGUGGCCUACAGCGGAACGGGAGUACAGGGCAAUCUGCACCAUACUAUGCUACCUCUACAUUUGAAGUCAUUUUCCAUGUAUCUACAAGAAUGUUAUCAGAUUCUGAUGACUCGCUCACCAAAAAGCUUCGCCACUUGGGAAAUGAUGAAGUUCAUAUUGUGUGGUCUGAACAUACCAGGAACUACCGAAGGGAAAUUAUACCUACAGACUUCGGAGAUGUUCUAAUAAUAAUUUACCCCAUGAAGAAUCACAUGUUUUUUAUAGAAAUAAUGAAGAAACCAGAGGUGCCAUUUUUUGGUCCGCUUUUUGAUGGUGCAAUUGUGACAGAGAAGCUUUUGCCAAGUCUUGUACGUGCAACUUGCAUCAACGCAAGCAGAGCUGUGAAGUCCCUCAUAACACUCUACCAGAGCUUCUAUGAAGAACGGGCUCUAUAUCUUGAAGCAAUAAUACAGAAUUACCGUGAAGUGAUGACAUUUGAGGACUUUGCGUCUCAAGUGUUCUCUCCGUCUCCCAGCUACUCGCUUGGUGGAUUUGGUAUCCAUACGAGUACCAGUUCUGAUCUUUCAGGAGCCGCUGGAGUAGAGUCUACAGAACCCACCUCCCCAACACUAUCCCGCUCCACGAAAAGCAAAGUUUCGGGAAAGCUCAGACGUUCCGCCAGUGCUGUUAGCAAAUCUUCCAAUUGAAGCACUUUUUUUCCUUUUUUUUUUUUUAUAAUGAACUCUGUUUCAGAGAUGGUUUUUAAACAGGAAAAAAAAAUGACUUUGUACUUGUGAAUAGUACUUUUAAUAAAGAACAAUGUUGUCUUUUGUGUCUAGAGGGGCGGGACCCCCAUGGGUAGUUUGUAAGUAAAACCAUCCACUAGGCACUGAGAUAUGAUGCAACUCCUGUCAUAACAUUGAUACAAGGAAGAAGAGGCUGUCUGCAGAAGCUUAAUGAUGCAACAGGAGUAAAGGCGAGGGACCACCUAAUCAGCAGGCGGGAGUCACAAUAUGUGCAAGAAUGCUUGCAAGUCACUAAGUUAUAUUGCCUCAUAUUUUCAUGGCUGCACUGUUGCCUGCCUAAGUGGCACUGUCACUGUUUGGGUAGCUGGCAUUAGCACUGAGAUAUGCUUGACACAGUGAUCCACUGCCUGCUUGUUAGAGCAAUUUUUGGCAUUAGGUUUUCAACAUAAAAAUGAGAAGUCAUCUGAUGGACCAUUUAGCGAUUCUAUAGAAAAACUCUGGAUGUCAUUGGUUUCUCAAAUCUGAUUGUUACUGUUUUGUUUUGUUUUCUAAAGCAAAAAUACAGCUGUCCUAAUGCACUUAGGUGGCUGAACUACACAAAGAUGAAUCCCAGACACUAAUGCUUCUCCCCAACACAAUCAAAGUGUUUGCUUAACAGCCUAAUUUUGCUGAAACAUUCCAUUUUUAGGGGGCAGGUUUAACCCCUGCUUUCGUAAUGCCAGGCAACAGAUCUCUAAUAUGUCUAUGACUACUGAGCAGGGGUAGGUUAACUCUCGGCUAACUCCGCUAGCUUAAAGUAUCAUGAGAGUUGGACGCGGUGUCCUACCCCUGGUUACUGGAUUCUUUACACUUUGCUGGUAUUCUUGUGCUAUUUUGCAUGCAUCAGGCACAUAAUUGUACAGACCUGUUUUUAAUGUUUUAUUUGCGAUCCCUAGGUGCCAGUAAGAAUCCUUUGGUAGAGGUUGGUGUGUUUUAACGUUCUUGUUGAUUGCCUUUAAUGAUAAUGUCUUGGAUUCUGUGGUGUAUUUUAUUUUUUUUCCCGGGUCUGCAUAAUGAUUGCAUUCUUGUUUGUUCAAUCUUCCUCAUAUUUAAGUUGUUUCUGUAAUUUGUUUUCCAUGAAUCUAUGGGUCAUAUUAUUCAGCGCUUUAGUUAACUCUUUAAUGUGAUUGUCUUUGCUCCACUAGUGCAUCCGAAGGAGAUUUUUUUUUUUUUUUACAAUGCAGCUAAAUGCACCUUUGGAACUAUGUAUUUUAUAAAUUGUUUUUGUUCUGGGGUAGGGAUGGUAAAUAGUGUUGCACUGAUUUUGUGUCUAAAUUAAGUGAUUCGUUUGCAUCCUGUUCAGGUCUAGAAGAAUUGGUUGAUCUGUGUAAAUAGGGGCUAUUUGAUUACUGAGAAAAUUGUAAUUUAUAUGUUGUCCUUUUUGCUCACUUUGCUUUUGUCUGUUAAAAAAAAAAAAAAUCCACAAAAUUUAAGGUAUAGAUUAUGCGUUUGUCCUCCUGUUCACAGACAGAAACUGGAAAUCACUAUUCAAUAGGCAGUCCCGGGGGCUACAUCAGCAGAUGUCUCCACAUUAAUCUAGCUAUGUAGCUUCUCUUCCGAGCCAUGCCUUGCAGGUAGCAUUUAGAGAGCGGCUCAACCAUUGCAGAGAAACAAACAAAAAAAAAAUUGUCAGAAUUCUGUCAUUUGUGGAUUGUAUUCAUUUUAAAUGUUUGCUUGCUGGUAUAAAAUGAAGGAUGAAUUUCACAGAGUGAAACCUUUCAGGUUAUAUUUUUAUUCUAGACAGUUUAGAGAAUUUACAUGAAUGAUAUGAUAGUAGACAAUUACCAAGCUACCAGCUGUACUACAAUUCCCAUUGUGCAUAGCCAAUUGUUGGCUGAGCUUAAUGCAUUUUGUAGCAUACGUCAGCUGGCGUAUGUGGCUUUCACUGUUACGAAAUGUGUUGACACACUCGGCUGUGAAUUAAAAACUAAAUAAAUUUCUAAAUUUAGGGCAAACUAAAGACUAAACGAAAAUCUCAGAAUCUUGCAGAUUUUACUUUAAACUUGUGACGUUUUGGCCCAGACUUGGCAAGUCUUUUUAUUUUUCCCAGCUUGUCCCAGCUGACUAUUUAGUGGUUAAACCCACUUUUCAACGUGGCAAUUGCAAAUGACCAUUUUGUGACUGUUUAGGGCAUCUGUAGACUAGGACAAUUGACAUUUGUAUUUAAAGUGGUGUUUGUUUUAUUCUAUAUUGAAUGUUUAGGUCUAGAAAUACAGGGCUGCCAAAUUUGGGUAGAGAUAUGUCCCUUUUCUUUAAUACACACCAAUUUGUGAUGCAUAUCAGUACUGUAAUACCAGCAUCCUUGGCUGAUUUGUUUGGACAUUUUUACAAAAUGCUAAAUUGCACUUGGCAAUAAGAGGGUUAAUCCGACCAUCACUCAGGAACCCUCUGUUAAGGGUAAAGAUAAGGUGAAUAGGAGAAAUUUGCACUCUGGCAGUCAGCUCCUUAGGAAUGAGAUAAGCGAUGCCAGUAAAUAUGAGUCAGUAUAAAGUGAUGGAUUCCAUUUAUCUUGCCCAUCAUCAUUAAGUCUCUUUUAGAAGCGAUCAUUCUAUCUUUGUUCAGUCAGUACCACCCAGUCCUUAAAUGUAUGAAAUGUGAAAUAUACAACAGACAAGCAACUAACUGUAGAGUGUAUUUUGGUAUAAGAUUUGUCUGAUCUCUUUAAUUAUUGGGACAGAGUCAUGUCCUGUUUCAUUCCUGUGAACUGUAUGUUAAUAUGAUAUUCGGGACCUUGCCUUACCAAAAUCUCCUUUAUUUCUGGUAGGCCAGCUCCUGAGAUGCCUUUACCCCUCACAGGCUGUGGAAUUCUCCAGCUUGAUUAAUCAUUUAUUGAGGGCCCAUCUUAGGAAACUUUGUAGCUGUACAUAGCAUUGUCAUAUCUGUAUAUUGCAAAUCAUGGUCUUUCUAAUGAGGGUAUGCUUUAAGAAAAAUGCGGGUCCUUACAAAUUUUCCUUUUAGUGCAUUACUUGUAUUAUAAUAUUUGUAAAGUCAAAUGAAUGCUUGAAAUGUUCAUCCUUCCUGCUGACAUAUCAGAUUUUUUUUAAAAAGAAAAUUCCUUUUUGUUAAGUUUUUUUUUCUUUCCAGAUUAUCAAACAAAUUUAAUUAAAAGUAUUUAAAAGUG